GGCUCCAGAAGAAAUCAAGUCUGCAAUAAAAAAAAGAUGGGUAUUCAAAGUGAAAUAAAAAUUUUAAUAAAAGAUAAAGACUUCACUGAAAUUGAUGACGAUGUAUUGGAAUUUUACUGCAAAUCUAAAGAAGAACCUUAUUUGAGAAUAUUUUUAGAUUCUGAUCCGAUUUCCGAGACCUUAGCUCCUUUGGACAUAUUGUCAGAUUCCACUAUAAAGGCAAUAUGUGAUAAUGAUAUAUUUGAUGGAACUAAUAGCUCUACAUCUACGUUAUCAAUUAGCUCCAGAAUGGAAAAUAUAUCAGAUGUAGAUGAUCUACAGACACAAAUUAUUCGUGGUGGUGGGCAGUACAUAAUAGACCAGUACCAGAAGAAUAAAAUGUUGACUGACAGAAGCAGAAUACAGUUAGUAAACAUAGUUGCAAAUGUGCUUUAUGAAAAAUAUGGGAAUGCAGUACCCAAGAGCGCAAAAAUGGAGUGCGCAAAAAAAUUAGUUGAAAUUUUCCCAAUGUACAAAAAUUUGGAAAGUUCUACAGGGGGUUUCAGGGGAGUAGUUGUUUUCUGA